AUGUCAGCAGCCGGAUCAAGCGCAUACGAAUCCUCUUAUGUCCGCCACUGCAGCAUCGGGUCAUGCAGCGCAGCCGUUCUCGUUGGCAUGUUACAUUGGCUGAAGAAGAAUCUGUUCACGCCCCUUGCUUGUCCUAGCCCUCGUGGCACCGGAGCCGAUGAAGCCCGCAGCAGUGAUCCUUCUUCUCUGUCGAAAUGGAGUCUUCAAAGUAGGAUAUCACCGACACCACAGAGCUCCCGCGUUCGACGGGCGAUCCGAGCAACCGAGGAGGACCUUGCUCCGAUCGUUGUCGAUGACAGCGCCAAGGGAAACGGUCAGCAGUAG